AGCGAUGCCGGUGUAACCGAUCCCAGCUGCCGACCGUUGAGGGAGGGAUGAGAGCUAUUCCCGUGGGAUGAUCACGUGUCCGUGGGGAGUAGUUGUGUGUGGAGUCCGUGGAAUAGGAGGUGUAGCGUCAAGCGCGUCGUUUAUACUUGAUUGUACUGUAAGGAAGCUGUCAACAUACGGCUGACUGUAUUUGCGUGUGUUUAUUGCUUUGUUCAAGGCUAAGAAAAAUGCAUUUGAGGAUUGGGAAUCUGGCGACUGAUUUCCAUAAACUUCUGCGCGCAUCUCAAUCGCAACAAACACACUCAGCCUUCUCAGUGUAAUAUCAACGCUGCUGUUUACUCUUGCAACAAAAUACCCAGACGUAGGCUACGUAGGAAAAGACUGUUACUACAAAUAAAGGAGGAGGACGUAAUGAGAUUAGUCUGAACCUCGUUUACCAGUUUUGAUUCAUAUCAGGCCCUGCUGUCUUGACCGAAUUACAAACGCAAGUGACUGACCAGCUUCUGUGGGAUUUGAUGUCACCUUUAGAUCGGUUCAAUUGAAGAUGGAAACACUGGAGUCAGAGCUGACGUGUCCAAUCUGCCUGGAAUUGUUUGAGGACCCCCUCCUGCUGCCCUGCGCCCACAGCCUGUGCUUCAACUGCGCCCACCGCAUCCUGGUCUCGCACUGCUCCAGCACCAAGCCUCUCGAGUCCAUCUCCGCCUUCCAGUGCCCCACCUGCCGUUACGUCAUCACGCUCAAUCAGCGCGGCCUGGAGGGCCUAAAGCGCAAUGUGACGCUGCAGAACAUCAUCGACCGCUUCCAGAAGGCCUCCGUCAGCGGGCCCAACUCCCCCAACGAGAGUCGCCGGCCUCGGCCCUACAGCGCCACGCUCGGCGGGAGCGCGAGGGGCAGCCCCGCCAGCAGCGCCAUGUCCCUAGAGCGCGUCGGGUGCCAGUUCUGCGAUCAGGAGCCCCCACGGGAGGCGGUCAAGACGUGCGUGACGUGCGAGGUAUCGUACUGCGACCGCUGCCUGCGGGCCACGCACCCCAAUAAGAAGCCCUUCACCAGCCAUCGUCUGGUGGAGCCGGUGGCGGACGCUCAGCUGCGAGGGCUGGCCUGCUUGGAGCAUGAGAACGAGAAGGUGAACAUGUACUGCGUGGUGGACGACCAGCUGAUUUGCGCUCUCUGCAAGCUGGUGGGACGGCAUCGCGAGCAUCAGGUCACCUCGCUUAGUGAUCGCUUCGACAAGCUUAAGGCUUUUCAAGUGAGCCCUGCCAGAGUUUCUGAAGCGGUUAUGGAGGCAUCAAAGACAAGCGCUGCGCAAACCCUUGAGAAUAACUUAACCAAUCUGGUGAAGAGGAACAGUGAGCUGGAGAACCAGAUGGCCAAACUCAUCCAGAUUUGUCAACAGGUGGAGGUGAACACAGCCAUGCAUGAAGCCAAGCUGGUGGAGGAGUGUGAUGAAUUGGUGGAGAUAAUUCGCCAGAGGAAACAGGUCAUUGCUGUCAAGAUCAAAGAAUCCAAGGUGAUGAAGUUGAGGAAGUUGGCUCAGCAGAUUGCGAACUGCAGACAGUGCCUGGAGCGCUCGAGUGCCCUCAUCACACAGGCUGAGCACAGCCUGAAGGAGAACGACCACGCCCGCUUUCUCCAGACGGCCAGGAAUGUGGCUGAGAGAGUUGCCAUGGCCACCGCCUCCUCCCAGGUCCUCAUCCCAGACGUCAAUCUGAACCAGGCUUUUGACAAUUUUGCCCUUGAUUUCUCCAGAGAAAAGAAAAUCUUGGAAGGACUGGAUUACUUGACAGCACCCAACCCUCCCUCUAUACGUGAAGAGCUCUGCACAGCCUCUCAUGACACCAUUACAGUGCACUGGACUUCUGAAGAUGAAUUCAGCGUCACCUCCUAUGAGCUUCAGUACACCAUCUACACUGGCCAGACCAACUUCAUCAGUCUGUAUAACUCUGUAGAUAGCUGGAUGAUUGUUCCCAAUAUCAAGCAGAAUCACUACACAGUCCAUGGCUUGCAGAGCGGCACCCGUUACAUCUUUUUCGUCAAGGCUAUCAACCAGGCAGGCAGCAGAAACAGUGAACCUGCUCGCCUCAAAACCAACAGUCAGCCUUUCAAACUGGACCCCAAAACGGCUCAUAAGAAGCUGCGCCUCUCCAAUGACUGUCUGACAAUGGAGAAGGAUGAAAGCUCCCUAAAGAAGAGUCACACUCCGGAACGCUUCAGUGGAACCGGAUCCUACGGUGCCGCUGGCAACGUCUUCAUCGACAGUGGCUGCCAUUACUGGGAGGUUUUACUGGGAGCCUCCACAUGGUAUGCGCUUGGUGUGGCUUACAAGUCAGCACCCAAAAACGAAUGGAGCGGUAAAAACUCAUCGUCAUGGGUUUUCUCACGCUGCAACAACAACUUCCUGGUGCGGCACAACAACAAGGAGUCCAUCGUGGAGGCUUCGCUUCAGCUGCGCAGGGUGGGAGUGCUGCUGGACUACGACAACAACGCCCUGUCCUUCUACGAUGCCAUGAACUCCCAGCACAUAUACACCUUUGACAUUUCCUUCCUGCUUCCAGUGGCACCAACCUUCAUGAUCUGGAACAAAUCGUUGAUGAUCAUGUCUGGGCUGCCCGUGCCUGACUUCGUGGACUGCAGCGAGCAGCAGGAGGGUAUCUGUCGCCAACAGGAUUCGCCCUAUGUGUCUGGAAUGAAGAGCUGCCACUGAGGCAUCAUGGGAGUUAAUUAUUCCAGACGGUUUCCUUGCCCCUCUUCUUUUCCUGGUUUUCACAGCUGGGUUGAAGUUGGACCUUUAGUUGUUCCUGAUAGUUCUAGUCACAUAAAUGAGCGGCUAGUGAGUGAAUUAGCUCUCAGAUUUAAAGAGCCGAAAUGGGGGAAAUUAAAUUGUAAAUUAUUGAUGAUGAAACGUCAGUUUGCUUUUUGUCAGUUUUAAUGUAUCCCUAAACGCACUUUUUAGAGUUGAAUUUGUUGCCCAUGUAUAUAAAAAAAAAGACUUGCUAACUUGCGACAGGGUUGGACUUCCUUUUGGACAGGAAUAUAAUGAUUAUAUUAGGAUGACAGAUUGCUGUUUCUAUUAAGGGUUGCAUUUAUUAUCUUAUGGGUCUAUUACACUCUUUUCGUAUUCAGGGAGAAAAGAUGAUUCUUUGGUUUUAAAAAAAUGUCUGGAGAUAAUGGCAUGAUAUGUAUUUCCUCUGUGAUUAGUUCUCACUAUCUCACUAUCUCAGUUUCUGUUUUCUUUUUUCGGUUUGUUUUUGUGAAAAGCAUGAGGCACAAGUUUCCCCAGGUGUUUUUAACAUGUAUCUUUAAUAAUUGAUAUAUGAUGUACCACAAAAUCCCAUCUGUGGAGUUAUUUGUCCAUUGACACGCAUUCAGACGCCAUCAGGAACUGAUGACCAUUGGUGCACAUACAGUAUAUCACACCUCCAUUUAUUCGGAAAUAUUUGAAAGAUCAUUUUGUUUCAUCGGUUUCAGAUUUGUAAUGAUUCAAAUGAUAGUUCAAAGCAAAUACAGUUUAGUGGAUUUAUUUUCUCAAUGGCUGUGAUGAAUCUUACAUGAUCAUUCACAUGUCCAGGGCUGUAAUAAGGACACCCAGUUCUGGGUCCAUAUAAAGACAAUCAAUUGAGCUAGUGCAGGCAAAAAAAAAAUGUUUGUAGCAAGAGAUCUUUGCAAUAGCAUGCUAAACUUGAGAUACUUCCCUGAAAAAGUGGUUUGUAUGCAUUCUGUUCAUUGUAAAUAACCAGAUUCGUACUACUGACGCCACUGUCCUGCUGCAGUUUUUGCUCUCUGGCAGUAGGGUUUUCCUCUUUGCUCUGCUGAAUGUACAUGAUUGCUUUGAUUCUUUUUAUCUUUCUGAAUGAAAGCACAGAGUGUUAUCAUCAGAUCCCCUUUGAAAGAACGGGAAGUAUGUGGGUCCUCCUGGUACAUCUUGAGAGCAAAAAUAUAGAGGGGAUUCACUAAGAACAAGUUGCUUGCACUGAUAGCAUCGUCACUUGUGUUGAAUGAGGACACAAAACAGAUGUUUAUUCAAAACAAUCUCAUAGAAGUUCCUAACUAUUUUAUAUUUUGGCAAAAUUGGUGACUAAGUCGUUUAAUUUCGUGUUUUCGUAUUUUCGCCUCACUGCAGGUUGUGUCUCGAGGUGGGGUUUAGGGGCGGACCUUCGUGAUAUUUUUUAUUUUAUUUAAAAAACUCCCAACUGUUUUUCCAGCAUCAUCCCAACUGUUUUUCCAGCAUCAUCCUUCUCAGCAUCGAUCUGAAAGUUACAAGACUCUUUUUGCACUUGAAGACACCAUGAACAAGCACUCAUGAGUUGUUUCGAAGUCUGUGGCAUUAAUGGUGUAGUUGAGCAAUAAAGAACAGGCAUGGCUUUUGUUAGCA